UUGUUUUGUGUUGCUCUGGUGAACAUCUCUGAGUGUUUCUUCCUGUGGUUUUGUCUUCCCGUGGAUUACUCUUGGACUGUUUAUUCUCUUCGUGAUUCUUUGCUGCCUGUCCUGGACUGUUUGCUAUUGUGGACUGAUUUAUAUUGGAUAAAAACACAGUGAUCACAGUUUACACCUGCAGUGAAGCCCCUCCCACAACAAUUCACCAAUAAAUACUGGGAAUAUUCCCAUCAUCCUACAAGAGAAGGACAAACUCCAGGAGAAGCAGCUGAAAUCUGUGUGACUGUUAAAGAUGGAGUUUAUUAAAGAGGAGACUGAAGACACGACUGAUCCAGAACCAUCCAUAAAACAUGAAGAUACUGAGGAACAAACAGACCAGGUGAGAGUGAAAGAACAAAGACAAGAACUGAAUGAAGUGGAGGAGGAACAUCAUAACUUUACAAUUCAAAGAACAAAAGCCAAAAAGACGCACACCUGCACUCAGUGUGGAAAGAGAUUCACAGAGAAAGGAAACCUUCACAUGCACAUGAGAAUUCACACUGGAGAGAAACCGUAUACAUGCACUCAGUGUGGAAAGAGUUGCACACGGAAAGUACACCUUAACACACACAUGAAAAUUCACAUUAGAGAUAAACCGUAUACAUGCACUCAGUGUGGAAAGAGUUUCAGAGAGAAAGGAAGCCUUAACACACACAUGAGAAGUCACACUGGAGAGAAACCACAUACAUGCACUCAGUGUGGAAAGAGUUUCAGAGCGAAAGGAAGCCUUAACACACACAUGAGAAGUCACACUGGAGAGAAACCACAUACAUGCACUCAGUGUGGAAAGAGUUUCACAGAGAAAGGAAGCCUUAAGAUACACAUGAGAAUUCAUACUGGAGAGAAACCGUAUCCAUGCACUCAGUGUGGAAAGAGAUUCUCUCGACUAUCAACUUUCAAUCAUCAUCUGCUCAUUCACUCUGGAGAAAAGCCAUUUAACUGUGAUCAGUGUGGUAAAGAUUUUAUUUCAUCAUUACAACUAAAAAAACACCUGAAAGUUCAUUCAGACGUGAAGCCUCAUGUGUGUUCUCUCUGUGGAAAGAGUUUUUCACGUCUUGACAGUUUUAAACUGCACCAGAAAACACACAAUGAAGUGAGAGAUUAUAUGUGCUUUGACUGUGGGAAGAGCUUUACUAGAGCUGAGCAUUUGAAACUGCAUGAACGAACUCAUACUGGAGAAAAACCUUACAAGUGCUCAUAUUGUGACAAGAGUUUCACUCAGGGUGGAAACCUGAAAUCACACGAGCGAAUUCACACUGGAGAGAAGUCGUAGGACUGUACUCAGUGUGGAAAGAGUUUCAAACAUUCAAGUAGUCUAGUGACUCAUAUUAGAAAGCAUUGUCCUGUGUCAAAGUGAGCAAAUUUUUUUUUGUUAGAUUCACAUAAAGUAAAUGUGUAGUUAGUUAACUAAUAAACGAGUGUUGCUGUGAAUGCCA